ACACCGAGUGUGGUCUAAAUUCCGUAAGAAGCCACAAAGUUGUAUAUAAGCUGAAAAAGAAGAUAACAUCCAUACCGCUGCUGGUAGUGAGAUCACUCCAGGUUUCGGUAUAUCAUCUCUAAGUGGGGGUUAUUUGAGUUUAGAUUAUUUAAUUAGUUAAGGUAUAAUUGUUUGUAUGAUGUCAAUCAGAAGAUUUCAUCAGAGACAGUUACUUCGAUUUCGGCUUGGAGAUGUUAAUGGGUUAAAUAGUUUAUUAAUAUCUUGUAGACAUGUACAUGUUUACUCGUCGAGGCCAGCCACGUCAAUGACUCGAAGGCCUAUAAAUUAUAUAAAUAAAAGAUCUUACGGUAAGUUUGAACAAGAAAUUGAAAAGUUGAAAUAUGAUCAAAUGCUUAGAGAUAGAUUAAUAUCAUCUGGUAUUGGAAAUGAUACUCAUUUGAAAGAUAAAAGGCGAUUACCAUUGAAAACCAUUAUUUUAUUAAUUGCAACUUCUAGUACAUUGACUAUGGUUGUAUAUGUCAUAACUCAAUUAAUUAAGUUCUAUGGAGAAACAGAUGAUGAUAAUGAUGAAAUUAAAACAAAGAGAAGAGCCAUAUUCUUACCUAUUUGGUUAAAUCUAAACUUAUUAUGGCAAAAGUCAUUUACAUUCCCAGGAGGAAUAAUGUAUUUAGAUAAAGAAUAUUAUGAAUAUUUGAUGGUUGAAAUAGAUCAAUUGAUUAAGAAUAAAUCUCAAAAUCCUGAUUUGGUUGAUUAUCUAAAGCUUUUAGAAGAUGAAAAUAUUAAAUAUAGUGUUUUAGAGCAUGUGUCAAUGAAUCACAGAAUUAAAGAAAUUUUUGGCUUACCACUAACAAUAAGUAGUAUUGAGGAUGAUCCCUCAACGCCACACCUCAGUCUUUGGGUAGAAUCAAAAUAUAUUAGUGUAUCUGGUAUACAGAUAGAACUUGAACGUUAUAAAUCUAUUGAAGGUCAAACCCAUGAAAACAAAUUUAAGGCUAAUGCAUCAUGGGUAGUUAAACCUAUUAAUAUAAUAACAUCUAUUAAUAAUGCAUUGAUUCUGUUGGGUUUAAAAUUAGAUCGUUUGGAUAAUGAACAAAUUAAAACUCAUGAAAGAAGUAGUGGGAAAAUCCAUGAAGUACCUAUAGUAGAUAAUAAAGAUCAUAAGGUUAUCAAUGGACCCAAAGAUUAUGAAAUUAAAUUUAAGGGAGAAUUACAAUUAAGUGAUAAAAAUCAUUUUGAACUGGGUAUCAUAAAAUAUCAGGGACAAAUUGAUUUUGAUCAUCUUAUGAUAAAUCGAGGAGUUAAAAUCACGACAAUGGAACUAAUAAUGUCUCCAAAGAGUAAUCCUGGUGAAAGAAUUACAUACAAAAUUCUUUAGCCUAUUUGUAUAUAGAAAUAGACGUGUUACUUCGUAAGUCAGGUCCUUCCUAAUCGGUGUUAGUACGUUUGGACUUUCCCCGGAUGGAUUUGGGUGUUAAGAAUGAAAUUUAGCGCCCAUGGUCCACAAAUACAAACCCAAAUUGUAGAAAUUACUCAGGAUUCGCAAUUAUUGAUAUCACUAGAAUGCUUGUAUCGCUGUGAGUAUAAUUUGUUAGUGGUUCAAUAAAGGUUUGCUAACAAGUUUGGUAAGUUCUUAUGGCUUUUAUGAGUUCUAGCUGUCGCUUAAGUUUUGCGGACAUUAAUUUUGGUACAAUUCUAAGAGUGCACAUAUCGAGUCCUGAGUACCAGUUGCCAAUAAUUUUUCAGCAGUUCAGUCUGUUGUCUUCCAGUUUCCUUUUUCCAUAAAAUGGAA